AUGCAGAUGCUUGGGUCUGAUGAAGAAGUCACUCAGAUUCCAACCCAAGCCCAAUCUGUUGUGGAAGGGUCGGGAGCAGUUUUGGUGUCGGAGUAUAAACCAGUCCCUGAUGUGGAUUAUCUACAGAUGCUUGGGUCUGAUGAAGAAGUCACUCAGAUUCCAACCCAAGCCCAAUCUGUUGUGGAAGGGUCGGGAGCAGUUUUGGUGUCGGAGUAUAAACCAGUCCCUGAUGUGGAUUAUCUACAGGUAUGUUGUCUUGCCGGUCCACUAUUUGCAUCACCAAUGGCUGGCUGA